CGCCCCGUUUGGAGUCAUCAUGAGGGUCGUUCUGCAGCGAGUCAGCUCAGCCAGUGUCCAAGUCGACGGGCAAGUCGUGAGCGAGAUUGGCCGAGGCAUCUGUGCCCUCGUCGGCAUUACGGUCGAUGACCAGGAAGCCGAUCUUGACUACUGCGCCAGGAAACUCUCCAACAUCCGCGUCUUUGAAGACCAAGAUGGAGCUUUCUGGAAAAAGUCGGUCAUGGAUCUCGACCUUGAGAUCCUCUGCGUGAGCCAGUUUACGCUCUACGCCAACACAUUUAAAGGAUCCAAGCCCGACUUUCACCUAGCCAUGAAGAGCACAGAGAGCCGAGACAUGUACGAGCUGUUCUUGAACAAAUUGCGAGCGAGCUACAACCCUGAGCGAAUCAAGGAUGGAGUCUUCGGGGCCAUGAUGCAAGUCUCCAUCGUGAACGAAGGGCCAGUGACCCUGACCAUCGACAGCCGCAUCAGGGGCUGAACUACUGUCACUCCAGAAGCGGAACAGUCACUUUCUGGCAUCGGCGGCACAAGCCUGCUGAUCCGUAGGCCUCAUGCGAUUGUUUCCCGUCCUGGUUGGCAAUCUCUUUGAUUUCGUUGGUUUGGGGAGCAUGGUCUUGAAUACACUUGGUCGAUCUCCCGUG